AAGAUGAGAAGCUCAACCUGUGGGUUGGGUUUCUAAAUCUUGAGAACAUGUACGGUGACAGUGAGUCGUUAGACCAAGUUUUUAAAAGAGCUUUGCAGCAAAAUGAUCAAUUUGAGAUUUAUACCAGAUUGAUUGACAUAUAUGUCACCUCAAAUAAGCCAGAAUCUGCUGAUCAGUUGUACCAGAUCAUGUGUAAGAAGUUCAGUAGUAAUAUCCAGGUCUGGUCUCAAUAUGGCCGCUUCCUAAUGGAGCAAGGCAAAGCUGAUCUUGCGCGUAAAAUAUUACAAAGAAGUUUUAAGUCCCUCACAAAGAAACAGCAUGUUGAUAUUACUAAGCAGUUUGCUCAGCUUGAGUUCAAAUAUGGCGAGAUGGAGAGAGGAUGUACACUGUUUGAGAACCUAGUCUCAUCCUAUCCUCGUAAGGUUGAUAUCUGGUCUGUUUAUAUUGACAUGUUAACAAAGAAAGGAGAAAUGGACAGAGUGAGAGAUGUGUUUGAACGUGCUGUUAGUUUGAAACUUUCUUCGGUAAAGAAACAGUUUUUAUACAAGCGCUACAUUGAAUUUGAGAGAAAGCACGGGACACAAUCCCUAGUGGAGACUGUACAAGCUAAAUCUCAAGCACUUUUGUAAAAAUAAUUCUAUAAUAACAUUCCCUUAUUAAUUAAAUGGGCGUGCUCUAAUA